AUGGCUACUGCUGUCCAGCAACCCGACGCGUCGUCGUCGUCCGAACCCCUUGCCGGCCCCUCGGCCGCCGCCGUCUUCAAGCGUCUCCACCCGGACCAGUACCUCACCCGCUUCCUCGACCAGGGAUACCGCCCGGACGGACGCCGUCUCGAUGCAUGGCGCGACGUCAGCGUCAACGUCGGCUCCAUUGCCACUGCGGACGGUUCGGCGCUCGUGCGUAUGGGCGACACGACGAUGGUGUGUGGUGUCAAGGCGGAGAUUGCCGAGCCAAGUGGUUCGGCGCCGGAUGAGGGCUUUGUCGUGCCCAACAUCGACCUCCCUGCUCUCUGCUCGCCCAAGUUCAAGCCUGGACCGCCUGUCGACGAGGCCCAGGCCAUGUCCAACUGGCUCAACGACUUGCUUGUCUCCUCGAGGACACUGCCCCCGACCUCGCUCGUGAUCGCACCAGGCAAGGCCGCGUGGUCCAUCUACAUUGACGUCGUGUGCAUCAACUAUGACGGAAACGCGUACGAUGCCGCUGUGCUCGCGGUUAUGGCUGCGUUGAGGAAUACCCGCCUCCCGCGCGCGACCUACAGCGACGAGACGAUGCAGACCACCUGUGACGCGAGUGACAAGUUCCCCUUGCCUCUCGGCCGCAUCCCUCUGGCAUGCUCGUUUGGUAUUUUCCAGUCCAGCCACGUCCUCCCGGACCCCACUGCCUUUGAGCAGCCGCUCCUCCCCACAACCAUAACUGUUGCUCUUGACGAGGAGGGCCGCGCAUGCGGUGUGCGUCACGAGGGCCUUGGCGGUGUGGCAGGCAAGUCGGGUGCCAGCGUGCUGGACGAGGCAUGGUCGGCGGCCGAGGCGCGUGCCAAGGAGCUGCGCCAUGUACUCGAGGAGCAGUCGUAG